AUGAAGCAGUUGGUAGAAUUACGACGACGUGGCCAACAGAAGCGUAGGGCAUUGUAUAAUGCUGAUAACGGCAUUGUGUUGGACAGAUCGGGUGUAUGCAAACGUACUAAUGAAGAAAGGAAAGCGUCGGAAUGGAAUUUUAGCGAGCAAUCGCAAAAGAAUAAGGAAGUAGUGAAGGAGAAGGUUGAAAAGCUCAAGUGUGAUUUGAUAGAACACGAAGCAGCUGAAUCAUAUAAUGAUGAUAAUGAGACAGUCAGUGAUAAAUGGAGAGAAAUAAAUGGAGAGAAAACAAAUAUCGAAGAUAAAUAUAAUAAAGUUGAGGAAGAAGUUGCAAAAGAAAAUGAUAACAGGAAUGGAAACACAUCCGAUGAAGACUGGCGAAAGGAUUGGUUACAGUCCGGAAUGAAAACUUACAAAAAUCUAACGAAACUUAAAAAUCAUGCGAGUUAUUUAUCAGACAACGAAACGGAUUCGUCUAUUCUAUCGGGUGAAACAACAGAUUCGGAAGAAGGAAACAGAAGUUCACCAAGUCUUGUUGAUGAACUGCUGAGUGAUAUUGCUGCAAAUUGCUCUGGUAUUUUCGACUAUCCUGAAGACAACAGCCCCGAAGAGUAUAAUAAGUUCGUUGAAAAGAUUUCGAUAGAUGGCAAUGGUGGUGACGACAGGGAUGACGAAGAUGAAGGAGAAUUAAUAAGACAAUAUAGGAAGCCUAGAAAACGUCGCUUGGUAUUCUCAUCAGAUGAGAGCGAUGAAGAUGAAGAAGGCAAAUGUGGUGGAAGUGCUUUGAAGUCAGUAAAAAAUGUUCAGGAUCUUGAAGCUGCAAAUGGAGAACGUACUGAAGCUUGCUGUACCUCAGAUCACAAGAAGGAACAUAGUUGUGAUAAUAUUAAUGCUGUACUAAACGAAAGUGAUAACUUCGAAGUUAAUGACAAGGACAAUUUUCUAUUUGCUGACAAAAGUAAUGGUCAUAAGAGAGGUGUUACUUGGCCGAUUGAUAAAACAAUGGAUGAGGUGGAUCAGCGAAUUGAAAGGAUGGAGGGAACAGAUUCCAGCGAUGAUGAACUGGAAGUAUUUCAUAAAUUGCAGAUUGCACAAGGACGGAAGAAGAGAUCCGAAUACAUCGAGGAAGAGGCUUCAUUAUCAGGAGAUGACGUGGGAAGUGAUGAAAAUGAUGAUGAAGAUCAGCUAAAUGUUUAUGAGGCAGAGGAAGGAGAUAAUGAUGAACUUCCAGACGAUGAAACUAUCAGAGAACAGCUUAAUAAACAGUGGUUAAAACAGCAGCAAGAUGAGGAGGAUAGGAAAUUAUUGUACUGGAAAGAUCAACUUCUUGUUGAUGGCGAACUCGCGGAUGAAACAGACCGCACUUUCCGCUUCAAAUUACGUCUAGAAAAAAGUGAGGAUGCAGAUAAAGAAAUUGAAGAAGUAACUAUUGACACAGAAAAUAUUGAAGUCAAUGAGGAUGAAUUAUGUAAGAGACGUCGGGAGAUAUCGAAAUGGAAAAUAAAAGAAGGGGAAGCUAAAUUACAUGGUGAAAGCUCUUCAAUAAAGGGAACAAAUUCAUUGUUGAAAGCUGCUUCAAAAGUUAUUGAAAAGGGAAGUUUGGAUGGGAACAGUCAGUCGUACAGCAGAGUAGAUGAUUCACUUUGUAAAAAUUCUCUUAUGCAUCACCGCAGAUCCUUAUCUCAGGUGCUGAAUCAGACUAAGAUCACGUCAUAUACGAAAUCUGCAGGCCUUGUUAGUGCAAAUGGACAUAUCGAGAAGCAAAAAGAUACAAGACAUUCCACUCAAGACGUUGUUGCCAAGUCAAGAAGUAUGAAGGUUCGCCGAUGUUCACGUAAACUACCACAAUGA